ACCAAGCCUGCUCCCAUUUACAGCACGCUGAGGCCAUAAAGACCGAAGACAAUGAGUGACCUGGAGACUGCGAUGGCGACCAUCAUUGCAGUGUUUCAGAAAUACUCCGAGAGAGAAGGAGACAAGCACAAACUGAAGAAGAGCGAGCUGAAGGACCUGCUUCACGACGAGCUGCCUGAUCUGAUGGCGCACGUGAAGGACCAGUCCACCCUGGACAGCCUGAUGGAGGGCCUCGACGCCGACGGAGACUCGGAGUGCAACUUCCAAGAGUUCAUGACGUUCGUCUCCGUGGUUACCGUUUGUUGCCACGAGUUCUUCGAGCACGAGGACGACUGAGGACGCGAGGACAAAAAGUGGGGGAGCGCUAAAGGAGCAGAUGCCUGGCAACACAGACGCCGAGCGCAAACAGAAACACAAACGCUGCCAGUAACCCCAGUUACACGUCGUCUUCUAGCUGAUCCUAACAUCUGAGAAAGUUUCU